GCAUUUAAUUCGAAACCUCCAGUUGUACGAGACAGCAGCCUCUUGAAACCAUUACACCCUAGUUCGUACUUUUUUUUAUCUAGUGUGCAGAAAUGGCAGCUAGAUAUGACAGAGCUAUAACAGUGUUUUCUCCCGAUGGGCACCUGUUCCAGGUGGAAUAUGCUCAGGAAGCCGUGAAGAAGGGCUCCACAGCUGUUGGAAUCAGGGGGCAGGACAUUGUUGUCCUGGGUGUUGAGAAGAAGUCAGUGGCAAAGCUUCAGGAGGAGAGGACAGUCAGGAAGAUCUGUGCUCUAGACGAGCGUGUGUGCAUGGCCUUUGCAGGUCUGACCGCAGAUGCCAGGAUCGUCAUCAAUAGAGCAAGAGUAGAGUGCCAAAGUCACAGACUCACAGUGGAAGACCCAGUUACUGUCGAGUACAUCACCCGGUACAUCGCCACACUCAAACAGCGUUACACUCAAAGCAAUGGACGUCGUCCUUUUGGUAUCUCUGCCCUGAUUGUGGGUUUCGACUAUGAUGGGACUCCACGUCUUUAUCAGACAGACCCCUCUGGAACAUACCAUGCAUGGAAGGCAAAUGCCAUUGGGCGCAGUGCGAAGACAGUGAGGGAGUUUUUGGAGAAAAACUACACUGAUGAAGCCAUCGCUAGUGAUAACGAUGCCAUCAAAUUGGCCAUCAAAGCCUUAUUAGAGGUUGUGCAAUCAGGGGGCAAGAACAUCGAGCUGGCUGUGAUUAGGAGAAACCAGCCCCUAAAGAUUCUAGAGUCCAAAGAGAUCGAGACGCUGGUCGCCGAAAUCGAAAAGGAGAAAGAAGAGGAGGCUGAGAAGAAAAAGCAAAAGAAAGCUUCGUAAAUCACUGACAAAGGAUCUAAUUGCCUUUCUUAGUUCUGUUUAUAUUGGCAGAAGCACUUGGCUCAGGCUCACGCUGUAUCCUUCCCGUCUGAUGUCCAUUAAGAGCACAGUUUCUCAGUCUUCUGCUGAAGUUGACAAGUUUCAUUCUUGGAAAAAAUCACUUGAAAAAUGAAAAUUCCUGGCAGCAUGCAAGUCCUUGUCAGUUUUCACACUUCUGUAAAGCUGCUCUCUAUUACAACUGAGAAUUCUGGGAAAAUGUGCUCUGAAAGAUGUAUCCUAAUAAACAAUUUUGGUUUGUA